CGGUCUUUCCAAUGAUGUUCCUAUCUAGUGCCUUCUGAGCUAGGAAUAAACUCGCGGGGGCCUGCCUGCUUUAAAAGCAAACAGGCACGCUAAAAUGCGGGCUGCACCUGAGACCUCUUACUUGUACCACAAAAAUGCUGAACGGACUUUUUUGUUUAAGAUCUGAGAGCUGGAGUUUACGGAAUAGCUGCUUGGAGCCUCAGCUGGAAAAGCCUCUGGAGUCCUUUUUAUAAAACGAGUUCAUCUGCAAGAGAAAUGGAAAAAGUAAAGGCAGCAGAGCAACACACAAUAACACAAUGGGACAUAUAUUACUGUUAUUGAUGCUUUCCAUUCCCAUAUUAUGUCUGACUGAUGGAGCCGAAACAGAACAAGAUUUCACCUGGCACUUGAAGAAGGUACCCCAGAUUGUGAGUGAACGGACUUUCUCCCUUGACAGCCCUAAAUUUGAGGCAAAAGCCAAAUUAGAACUGAGUAAUGUGUGUGGAAUUGAAUGCCAAAGGAGACUCCCAGUGCCAAGCUUGUCUGACCUGAAGGAGUUUCUGUCCUAUGAGACUGUUUUUGAGAAUGGCACACGGACCCUGACUCAUGUGAAUGUUCUGGGGCUAGCAGUUGACGCAGCCAAGAACGCCACCACAAGAACGUCCUCAAGAAGAAAGAGGCAGAUAUAUGGCACAGACAGCAGAUUCAGCAUCUCUGACAAGCGGUUCAUGACCAACUUCCCUUUUAGCACAGCUGUGAAGAUUUCCACAGGCUGCAGUGGCAUUCUUAUUUCCCCCAAGCACGUUCUAACAGCCGCUCACUGUAUUCAUAAUGGCAAGGAUUACAUCAAGGGCAGCAAAAAGCUGAGGGUGGGAUUGCUGAAGAUGAGAUCUAGAGGUGAGGGCAAGAAACGCAGAGGUGCUCAAAGGGGUAAGAGAGAUGUUUCUGUGGCAAGAGAUCACAGUGAGCAUACCUCAGAAUUGAAGCAGAGAUCCAAAGGUCGUGGCAGAAAACAAAAGGCAACAGGGAGGAGUCAGAAAACCUCUGAUAGUAAACCUUCCUUCCAGUGGACCAGAGUAAAGAGUACCCAGAUCCCAAAAGGCUGGUUUGAAGGCGUAACUGGGGAUGUUUCCCUGGAUUAUGAUUAUGCUGUUCUUGAGCUCAAGCGCCCUCACAAAAAGAAAUAUAUGGAGCUGGGAAUCAGCCCAACAAUCAGAAAGAUGCCUGGUAGCAUGAUCCACUUCUCAGGUUUUGAUGAUGAUCGAUCUGGACAGUUGGUCUAUCGAUUUUGUAGUGUGUCUGAUGAAUCCAGUGAUCUCUUCUACCAGUACUGUGAUGCUGAGCCUGGGUCUAUUGGCUCUGGAGUCUAUCUCCGCCUUAAAGAGCCAAACAAGAAGAAAUGGAAACGCAAGAUCAUUGCUAUUUAUUCAGGUCAUCAGUGGAUGGAUGUCAAUGGUGUGCAGCAAGAUUAUAAUGUAGCAGUACGAAUUACUCCUCUCAAGUAUGCCCAGAUUUGUUUCUGGAUACAUGGAAAUGAUGAGAAUUGUACACAAGGCUGAUAAAAGCUGAAACUAGAUCAUCUAGCACCUACAAUAUAAUAAAGUAAAAACUUGCCCUAAUAGCUAUUGGAAGAGCAUCGCCCCGUAUCAGGAAUUAUUUGAACUUGAAGCCUGCAAAUAUUUUGGUGUAUUGAGUAUGGCUACUCUUAGAGGGUUAGAAUUUUCAAAUUAGUUUUUUAAUUAUAUAAUAAUCAACACAUGACAUGCACUUAUAAUCCAAAACUAUAUUUAUGUUUAAAAUUCUGAUAAAUUUGAAUUGUUCUCAUUAGAAAAAUUGUGACUUCACUUGUUUAAUUUUUUAAAGGGAAGUAUUGAAACUUCUCAAACUGAUACUAUUAAACAAUGUGUUUUUAAAAAAAAAAAUACAUUUGUCUUGAUUUUCUCAGGGUUCUGCUCCAACAAGCAUCAUCUAGUAUACAAGUUGCACAUCUCUUAUAUAAUAGCACGUUCAGAGUGAUACAAAUUGUGAAACAUUGGGGUAAGACCAAACUAAUUAAGGUUAGUUUACUCUAAAGAGAGUAUGUGCACUCUGAGGGCACGUCUACCCUUACCGUGGAUCGAUGCUGCAGUGAUUGCUCCACCAGGGGUCGAUUUAGUGGGUCUAGUGAAGGCCCGCUAAAUUGACCACAGAUUGCUCUCUCAUCGAUGACGGCACUCCACCGGAACAAGAAGCAUAAGGUAAGUCUAUGGGAGAAACUCUUCCUUGGACCCAGUGUGGUGUAGACACCA